AUGGAUGCGAAUGUUCUGUGGAAGAUGAGAGUAAGCAUUCAUUUGUCUUUCCCUCCGGAUAAGGAAUUUAAUGUGGCUAGAUUGAAUCCCACAAACCAGAAUGAGUCCAUUGAAUUUAUCUGCUGCAGUGGGAAGGUGACUGGUAUGAAACCGGAAAAGGAUGGUGGCACAUCUCUUGCUCCAAGUGUCAAAGAACCUUCAAUGAUGUGUCUCAUCAUUGAAGUGGCCUGCAAUAAUGCUAACGAUGUUUGGGUCCUCAGGUAUGAGAAGUCAACAACUCUGGCAACAACUUCAACUAGUCUCAUCAGAAAAACAACUCAGACCACAGCAUCUACCAAGGUGAAGAGUAUGCUGCUUCUACAUUGGAUGUUGGCUCACAGGUGUUUGGGUUCUAUCGCCUGA